AUGUCUCUACUCUUACAAAUCCUGACCAUCAUUCCGGUGGUCGUCAUGUUUACAACGUUGGAUGCCAAGCAAGCACGUUUCUAUGCUCAAACUUUUCAAUUAAUUACGAAACAAUGGAUGGGUGUGUUGAAAGUACAUCGGAAUGAUGAUGAAUUGUUUUCAUCAUCCCGAAUGAAGAAGGCUCUCAUUGUUGAAGAAAAUUUAAAAAGUGAUCAUGAUGCAAAAUACGUUAACAAAGACAUUGAACAAAUAGAACGUAAUUUUAAUAACAUUGUGGAUCGAUCCAUUAUUGUUGGCAUCAAGCAAUAG